AAUUUAUAGAAUAGUGUUGUAUGUGCCUGUGUACGGUUGUGUCUGUUAAAACACAUAAUGUUGGGUAGUGGACGGUCGUCCAAUUACGCUAGCCUGGCUAAGUGUACUUCACUGCAAAGUAUUCCAAGCAGAGAGAACAACGUUACUGUUCUUCAGAGAGCCUUUACCGGCAGUUUGAACGGACUUACUGCAGAGCUGAGGGGACACCAGGACAGAUACCAUAUCCUACCACACCUCUUCUCCUUCAAGCAGCCCCUUUGACUGUUACUGGAAACUAUUCUGGGAGCUAUUUGCAAGCGGUCAACUUGAUUUUAUUCUUUACCUUUAAAACGGAAUGGAUUUUGAAAAUACCUAACCUGCAUGGUUUGCUGUACAAGUUUUGUUGCAAAGCCAGCUGGUGGAGUUUGCCAACUUUUGAGGAGGUCGCAUUAAGUCUUUCUGGAGGUGAACUAUCCCAAAGCCAUAAUGGAUCAAGCCAGCGGUGGGGAGGACCCGAAUAAAUCCUCUAAAAAGAAGUCCAGCGAGGAUGAUGGUAAAAACAAAAAGCUGAACAUACAUAUAAAAACAUUGGCUGAUGAUAUGCGUGAUCGGAUUACCAGUUUCAGGAAAACGGGGAUGAAGAAGGAGAAGCUUCUUAUACAGCACCCGACAGAUCCCCUCUCUACCCAGUCUGAACUGCCUGUUCCUCAGCCCCUUUUUGACGACCGCUCCAUGAACCUCUCGGAAAAGGAGAUCAUUGACCUCUUUGAGAAGAUGAUGGAGGACAUGAACCUGAACGAGGAACGCAAAGCCCCUCUGCGUGGAAAGGACUUAAGCACCAAACGCGAGAUGGUGGUCCAGUACAUCUCAGCCACUGCCAAAUCUAUAACUGGGAGCAAAGUUGCGGGUGGACUGAGGAACAGCAAGCAUGAGUGCACACUUUCAUCCCAAGAAUAUGUCCAUGAGCUGCGUUCUGGCAUCACAGAAGAAAAGCUGCUCAAUUGCCUGGAGUCCCUCAGAGUGUCUCUCACUAGUAACCCUGUCAGUUGGGUUAAUAACUUCGGUCAUGAGGGUCUCGGCCUUCUUCUGGAUGCUUUGGAGAAGCUGCUGGACAAGAAACAGCAAGAGAAUAUUGAUAAACGCAACCAGCAUAAACUUAUCCAAUGCUUGAAGGCUUUCAUGAACAAUAAGUAUGGACUGCAAAGGAUCUUGGGAGAUGAGCGGAGCCUGUUGCUGUUGGCACGAGCAAUUGACCCCAAACAGACCAACAUGAUGACAGAGAUUGUCAAAAUUCUCUCUGCUUUCUGUAUUAUUGGAGAGGAAAACAUCCUGGAUAAGAUUCUAGCUGCCAUGACAAUUGCUGCAGAGAGGAACAAUAAAGAGAGGUUUGCUCCAAUUGUGGAAGGACUGGAGAACCACGACGCCCAGCAGCUGCAGGUUGCUUGCAUGCAGCUGAUCAACGCCCUGGUCACUUCCCCUGAUGACCUGGACUUUCGGAUACACCUACGUAAUGAGUUCCUAAGAUGUGGCCUCAAGAAGAUCCUACCUGAGCUAAAAGAGACAGAGGAGCUAGACAUACAGCUGAAGGUGUUCAAUGAGAACAAGGAGGAGGACUCUAUUGAACUCUCCCAUCGCCUGGAUGACAUCCGUGCUGAGAUGGAUGAUAUGAGUGAAGUGUACCAUCUCCUGUCGAAUAUGGUGAAAGACACUGGCUCAGAGCCCUACUUCCUGUCAAUUCUUCAGCACCUAUUGCUCAUCAGGAAUGACUAUUACAUCAGGCCUCAGUAUUACAAGGUGAUAGAAGAAUGCGUGUCUCAGGUGGUCCUGCAUCGCAAUGGAAUGGACCCUGACUUUGGCUACAGUAAAAGACUAGACGUGGACUUCACCCAUCUGAUUGAUCAGUGUGUGGAUAAAUCCAAAGUUGAAGAGAGUGAGCAGAAGGCUGCAGAGUACUCGAAAAAGUUUGAUGAGGAGUUCAGUGCGCGGCAGGAGGCCCAGGCCGAGUGUCAAAAGAAGGAAGAGAAAAUCAAAGAGCUGGAGGGAAAGAUUCAGGCCCUGGAGUCCCAGUUAACUAUUGAAAAAGACAAGCUCAAAGAGGCUCAGAGACUCAUCAGGGAAUCUGAAGCCAAGAUUGCAGCGGGUCCAACUGCGCCCAGAGCACCACCUCCACCACCAGUACCAGGGGGUGUAGCAGCUCCACCUCCCCCUCCACCACCUCCUCCUCCACCUCCACCUGGUGGCUGUCCUCCCCCUCCUCCACCUCCUCUUCCCGGCCAUGCCGGCAUUCCACCACCUCCUCCUCCACCAGGGGGAGGACCUCCACCUCCCCCACCACCCCCUGGUUGUGGGCCCCCACCUCCUCCUCCUUUCUUUGGGGGCCCAGGUGGGCCUCCUCCACCACCUGCAUUGCCUGUCAUUAAGCUGCCUUAUGGGAUGGAGCCCAAGAAGACCUACAAGCCAGAAACUGUGAUGAAGAGGGUCAACUGGAUAAAGAUAGUGCCUCAGGAAAUGGCAGAGAAUUGCUUCUGGAUCAAAGUCAAAGAAGAGAAGUUUGAGAAUCCUGACCUAUUUGCUCAGCUCUCCCUCUGCUUCUCCUCGCAGAGCAAAGUGAAAAAAGAUGUAACAGAUGAGACUGACGACAGAAUGACACAAUUCAAGAAAAAGGCGAAAGAGCUUCGCAUCUUGGAUGCCAAAACAGCACAGAAUCUGUCAAUUUUCUUGGGCUCGUUCCGCCUGCCUUAUGAAGAGAUCCGGGACAUUGUGCUGGAGGUAGACGAGGAAAGACUGAGCGAAUCACUCAUCCAGAACCUGAUAAAGAACCUACCAGAGCAGAAAGAGCUGAAUGCGCUGGCGGAACUAAAGGGUGAAUAUGAAGAGCUAGUGGAGUCAGAGCAGUUUGGCAUUGUGAUGAGUUCAGUAAAACUCCUACGACCACGCCUGAAUGGCAUUCUGUUCAAGCUGACGUUUGAGGAGCAGGUGAAUAACAUCCGGCCAGACAUCAUGAAUGUGACAUUUGCCUGUGAAGAGGUAAAGAAGAGUGAAGGUUUUUGCAAACUCCUGGAGCUGGUGUUGCUGAUUGGCAAUUACAUGAAUGCUGGCUCAAGGAAUGCCCAGUCGUUUGGUUUCAACAUCAGCUUCCUCUGCAAGCUCAGAGACACUAAAUCCAUCAGUCAGAAUACAACACUUCUUCAUUUCCUGGCUGAGAAGUGCGAAGAAAAUUACCAAGUGAUUUUGAGGUUUCCAGAUGAACUGGAUCAUGUGGAAAGUGCCAGCAAAGUGUCUGCUGAGAUCUUAAAAAGCAGUUUGACCACCAUGGAACGUCACAUUCAAAGGCUUGAGAACGACAUCGAGAACUUCCCCAAAACGGAUAACAAACAAGAUAAGUUUGUGGAAAAGAUGUCCGGCUUCUGCAAGCAUGCCCGCGAGCAGUAUGAAAAACUGUCCACGAUGCACAAGAACAUGCAAAAGCUCUACGAGAGCAUUGGCAGCUAUUUUGCCUUUGACCCCCACUCAGUCAGUGUGGAGGAUUUCUUCGGAGAACUGGCCAACUUCCGCAUCCUCUUCAUGGAAGCAGUGAAGGAGAACCACAAGAAGAGGGAGAUGGAGGAGAAGAUCAAGAGAGCCAAGCUGGCGAAGGAGAAAGCAGAGCGCGAGAAGCAGGAGCGCCAGCAGAAGAAGAAGCAGCUGAUUGACAUGAACAAAGAGGGAGAUGAAACUGGUGUGAUGGAUAGCCUAAUGGAAGCCCUACAGUCCGGAGCAGCUUUCCGCGAUCGGCGAAAACGGACACCGCGCAAUGGUGAUCAAAGUCCUUCCAGUCCAGCUUCUCGGUGGCCAGGUGCUAACUAUGGUAACAGAACCCUAGACAACCGCCGCGCAGUCCUGGAAAGGUCUCGUUCACGCCACAACGCAAAUCACCAAGCUCGAUGAUCACCCGCGCCUACCACAAGACGCUAGAUAAGUGCCAAAGAGGCCUGCGAGGUGGAGACCUGGAAGACAUCUGAAGGAGGGAGAGAGACCUGCCCUCACUGUGGCACGCACCCACACACACACACGCACACACACACACACACACACACACACACAAAAGCACCCACACACAGCUCCACAUAUAGAACAAAAAUGGCUGAAGAAUCUACAGUACAUCACACACAAAUAUUUCAUUUUCAUAUUCUUUGUCUGAUGCCUUACAUAUUUAUUCAAUACUUUGUCAUUACUCAAAAUGUUCAUGUUCUCUCUAGCUUGUUUGAAUUAUAUAAAAAAAAAAAAAAACACAUUAGGCUGCUGCCGCUUGAAAUGGAAGGUGCUCAUUGGUUGGAAAUUCAUUUUGAUUUUGAAGGAUUCUACUUAUCCUUUUUUAAAAUCAGAAUACUAAAGUUCACAUACAGGUUUGACAGGAUUCAUGGAGUGUAUUGAAAAUAUGACAUUCUGCCAAGGACCACACCAUAGUGGAAGCUCAUAAUCUUGAAAAGCAUACAGCAUACAGUACAUUCAAUGAAGGGCCAGCUGUCCUUUAAAUGGAAGACAGGGAUUCAACAGCCAUGUUGGCAAGCCUACCACCUGCUGACAUUUUCUUCAACAAGUCACCUCUCAACAGAAGAGGGAAUGGUGGCUUAAAACAGUCGAUCCCUCCUUCAAAACCAACAUCAAGACAAUAUUUUACUAAUAAAUGUACAGAGUGCACAUGAGUCAUUUAAGUUCUUAACAUAUUCCACAAAGCCACGAGAGCUGGCCCCUGUCUGCGCUGAUAUUUCAGAGCAUGUGACUCAUGGAUCUUGAAACUGUAAUCUCCUUUGUGACAAGAUGCAUGUUAUUUUUAGUUGUGUAAUAUCUAACCCAUGCCUCUGGGUGCUGAUCUCUCUCCCAAGGUCGCUUUUGCUGUUAACAUGAGAGACAUGUUUCUAAAUGCAUAUAACUGCCUAAAGGGAGCUAAUGUGACCCUUUGACCUUUCUUUCGGUCACACAGGUUGUCAGUUGGGGGGAGUUUGAUUAUACAAAAGGUGUUGUGUUUUUAAUAUUGUGUUUUCAAUAUGCAUAUCUCUUUUUAAUAUCAAGGCUCUAAAAAUAAGUCCAAAAUUAUCUGUUUGGAGACCUGCAAUGCUCAACUGAGAAAUCCCACAGCAGAUUUUCUUUGGAUUUUUCCCCCCCGUUUUCAAAAAAUAAAUAGUUAAAUAAAAAUAAGCUCUGUGGGAAAAAAAGCAAGACAUACAGUGUCAUAUGAACACACUUGGUUGAAUGAUAACAUAUUUCACUAUUUUGAACAGACAUGUAAUUAAUGUAAGCAGCUUAAAAAUCACAGCUGAGAUUUCAAUUGAUACAUUUAUAUUGUAGAAGAAAAUGUGAAAUGUUUUUAGGCUUAUACGAACCACAGGAAGUAUUUUAUUCAUACAUUUAAAAAAAACCUUUGGGGAAAAAGCACUCCAAAUCUACUGGGGGAAUCCAUGGCUCAAACACUAAAUGGGUUUAAGAACUACAAACUGCAUUACUUUAUUAAAGAUGUUUCCUCGUGGGAUAUGUGUAGUCAUAAACUAAAUACGUUACAUCUGUUUUCAGUAACAUCUCCCACCUGAUGAGGCUUUCAGCGUUGAAACAAACACCUGAUGCUCGGUGUUCGUGUGCAAAAUAGAAUAGAUAAAUAAACUUUGCUGUGAGCUUUGUUGCUCUGUAAGGACACACUGUCACACGGCUUCUUCAUGUGAACUAUUUAUUCAUAUAUUCAUGCCUUAGGCAGCCCUGUCCCCUCACUGCCCCUAAACUGUAAACAGAUGCUACUAAAAACAACCACUGAAUCCACAUGGAGAGUGGGCACGACCAGAAUAAUCGACUAUGGGGCACAGAAGACAAGAUGAUGCUUGUCUUAACAAGUGAGUCUCCAAACGCCCUCAAAUUCCCCAGCACUAAUGGCAUAAGUGACCCUUUUUUCCAAAACAUGAGUGACUUUAGUAAUACCAUAACUCUGCUUUAGGCUUUGUGUGCCUGUGCAUUUGUGUGUGUGCACCAUGCCAGCUCAAUAAUCGGAACAGGAACCCAGGCAAAAUAGGAUUCAGUGUGCUUGACUCCUGGGCUGAAUAGAUGGAGAUUUUUCAUUUAAACAGUCUGCUACCGCAGCUUGUGAUGUGUCUGUUUCAUGAUGCUUCCUCUCCCAGCCUGCAUGCUUCUAAAAAUGCAAUUUUACACAUCAUCUCGGCUCAAGGUGCAUCCACAAUGCUUCGAGAAGUCUGCAUAUUUCAGAAGACAAUAAUUCUCCUCUGAAUAUAAGGUUCGAGCAGUCUCACAGAGUAAGCAUAGAGAAUGAGGUUUCCGCAUAAGGGAUUCUGCAUAGAUAGGAGUUUUAAGGAUGUGUUGUGUACAGCAGAGAUCGAGCCAUGAAAGGCAGUGAUUUUCUUUUUCUAAAUGCAACCUGCCCUUUGUCCUCAACACCACCAUGGCUGUGCAGUUUAAAGUAUUGAAUAAGACCCCCCCCCCCAUGUCUCUGCUCUGACAUUUAGUGUUUUUUCACAUUCUGAUUGGAUAUUGUACAUGCCGCAACAACUAGCAGUUUGUGGAUUAGUAUGUAAUCAAUUCAGAUUAUAUUUCAAAUGUGCCAACUUUAUUUUUCCGUAUGUGUGGACGACACAUUCCUGUGUUUUUAUUUUGUUUUGUAUACCAAAAGGGAGUACCGGUCUCUUAUUGAGAAAGAUUGUACAGACAUAAAAUCUAGAUUUAUUUUAUUUUAGCCACUGUUAAACAUUGAUCCAAUUAAGUCAUUGAAAGUAGGAGAUGUUGAUGUGAUUUAAAAUUGAUAGUCAUGUGGUAUUUCUUAUCUUAAACAAACAUCUUUUGUAAGAUGUGAUUUAUUUGGAGUAAUAAAAAAAACAACAUUUAUCAUAAUGCCAUUGUAGAACGUAAUAAGCUGCGAUGUUAGCCAUUGUAGAAGUUACAGAUAAUGCUUCUUUCCUGCAACAGUGAUCACUAUGAAAACAUAGUUAUUUGACUGAUGCAACACAACACAGAAUAGCAAAAAAAACAAACAAACUAGUUUUGUUCGUUGCCAUUCAAUGCAUAACGCUUAAAACAUGAAAGUUCAAUGAAAGUGUUGCAAUAAAACGCAACACAGACAACUUCCAAUUAAAAGAGAAACUUCUACAUUGACAACAUUCCUCAUCAUCCCUGUAAGUGAUCGUUGUAUUUCUCUCCCCAUCCCGUCGUUUAGAAUAAUCAGAAUUAUGUGUUUUUUAUAGAAAAUAGCAAAGAGAGUCUUGAGUCAAAGAAUCUGAACUGUUCCAUCAUUUUAGUGUGGAAAAACAGGCCUCUGUGUGUUUGGGCCGAUCAUCCCAUUGUCUUUUAGCUUGUUACUAACAAACCUGAACUGAUGAUAUGACUUGUGCUAAUUGUAAGAACGAGGAGGCAGGGGUAUGAAGGAUUAAGCAAAAACUGUAAAGGUGCAAUUGUGGUGUUGAUUGGAUGCAAGCACUUAAAUUUGAAGAAGAAAAAGUUGCUGUGUCACUUACACUAACUGUGCACUUUACCUCACAAGAUAUUCUGCUCAGGCAGAGGAAGAGUUGUUUGAGAUGUUUGAAUCCGACAUUGCCACUAACAGAGUGAACUAUGUGCAAAGUAUUUCUUUUGGUAAAUAGUUCCAGCUGCCACAUAUCCAGUUCUUUCCUGCUUUGUUAGAGCUUACUAUUGAUUCUUGGAAGACCAAUUGCGGCUGAAUCAACAAACAACGCUCACAACUGUUGACAAACCCUGUCCGACCACGAUGUGUAAGCUGCCAUAUCCCUGCCUACUCUCCUUGUUGUCAUUGAGUAUGUUUUAUUGUCUUAAGAAACAUUUAUAUUUGUAACAUUAAGUUUAUUUGUAUCCUUAAGAACAUGAAAAAACAAAAUGGUUAUGCACACUGUCCUUGCAUAGAACAUGUAAUGGAAUAUGAUAUUAAAUAAUAACCACUUUGUCAUAUAAACUGAUUUCUGAAAGAUA